AUGACGGAGUUGAUUAGAGACAAUAAUCGCUUUGCGUUUGUGGCGUCUACUACAAAUAUACUAUUGAUUUACCAGUUAAUCAAUUCCAUAUCCGCGUUUGGCGAUGAUUGCUUUUUAAAUAUCAAUAAAGGGAGUUUAUGCUUUAGUAUAUCUGCAAAUAAUACCUGCAAGGUUAUUCUUACGUUAGAUCGAAGGUUGUUUUCAUACUACGAGUUUCAUCCCGAUAAGAAUAUUUCUCAUAAUUUUGCGGCCGAAGGCCACAACCGCACCAAUAACACUAAUAUAGGAGAUUCAGAUUCACUUGAGAGCGAAACGGAGGUUGACGAAGACGAUAUAGUGGAGGAUGGCGAAAUUCAGCAAAACAUAACAAUCAACAUAAAUCUCCUAUCACUUCUUGAAACAAUUAAUAUUCAUAUUCCAAACGAAAGGGAACAGACAGAUACAAAGACCAAAUGUACUUUAGGCUAUCAAUUUGAGGGAGCACCAUUUAUUUUGACGUUUGAGGAUGAUCUCAUUGUAGAGAGAUGUGAGCUAAUGACAUAUUUUGUUGAUCCUGAAACGCGAUCCAUGCUUCGUCCAAAAGACAGGCAUAGACGGAAUAACCGGCAGAAAAGCAAGAGAUCAAAUGAUCAGAGCAUGAAUUCUAAUAGCAAUGACGAUGAGGAUGACAUUUUAGAUAACUAUGAUCAAAUGAUAGAUGAUAAUACAAUUUUUCAGUUAGAUGCAGAUCGUGUAAUAUUUGAAUCCGUCAUGAAAUCCGCAAUAUUUUACGAUGCUUUGAAAGAUAUGAAAGAUUUGAAUACAGAUGAAUUUGUUCUUUACUGUUCUACCAAAGAGAAAUCAAAUUCUGAUUCAAAUCUAGCCGGCAAGAUGACACGGUCCUCAAAAAGACUUAUAUUUAUCUCAAAAUCCGAUGAUACCUCUAUAGGAUAUUCCAAGUUGAUUGUACCGGACGAGAAACCAUUCUUAAGGGAAUUGGAGGUUUUCAAACCUUCUUCCGAUAAUAUCAGAGAACCAGAUGAGGCAGACUUUAUAAUGGUACCAUGUUCUGCAAGCGUGUCAUCAUUCUAUCAUUUCGAGUACUUUGCUAAGAUCAUCAAAGCAAUUAAGCUCUCGAAAUUAAUAAAAAUACGUAAAGAUAUGAACGGAAUUACAUCAUUUUUGAUUCUUGUUGGCUCUGGAAGCUUGACACGAAACACAAGCUAUAAAGAUAAACAUGAGUUCCGCAAUCAUAAUAUGGGUGAAGGGACAAAUGUUGCUGCAACUAACACACAAUUAUUUUACGGAACAAGUAUUGAGUUCAUUACCCUAGAAUCUAUCCCUCUAGAAGAUCGUAUUUUAUCAGAGGAGCUUGAUGAAGAGACAUUGAGUAAGGAGCGCAGUAGUGAGGAUAUGAAAUACGGCUACGAUAAUCUGGCUAUAGAAAAAAUGAUACACAACGAGGAAACUAUCAAGACGAUAGAGAUUACUGGUGAUGGACAAUUGUUGACAAUAGAUGAUUUCUUUACAUCGCAGAUCCCAGAAAAUCACCAAAAGGUCAAUAAAGGUGGAUCCCAGCAUACACAACUCAAAAUCACGGAAGAACUUACCCGAUCAGUUUUGGGCUUAGGAAACGGGCCUACAAAUGAUAUCCCAAUAAGUCGGAAGAGAAUUGCUGACGAUGAAGAUCAGGCGGACAAUGAUAUGAAUGACACAGAUAGCAGGUCUGAGGAAGACAAUGGAACGGGGGAAGAUCAUGAUGAUGUUAAUAGAGAUAACGACUCAAAGAAAAGGAGAGAUGAGUCCGAUAAAGGCAAAAGGAAAAGGAAGAAAGGAAGGAAUAAACGUAUCGAGACUGUCGGUGGGGCUAUUGAGAUACCGUUAUUUAUCUAA